GCCCCUGGGAUUCUACACAGCCACAGGCACCCUAUUUGCCACACCCACCUCGCUGAUAAGUGUUAUGAAGUGCGAAAUAUGGUGAGGAAUUCUAACAUAGAAACCAAAUGAAAUAGACUUUCCAUUGAAUUUAUUGCUAGUGAUGGGUAUUUUUAUUACCUAUUGGUUGUAAAACUAAAUUGGCUUACCUUAGGUACUGCUUGAAAUGUGGUGUGGAUCAUAAUUUCAUGUUUAACGAACCAAUACAAAUAUCGAUAUUAUUAGCUUGACAUAAUAACUUUUGUCUUCUCGUGGACGUGGGCGAGCAUCGUUCGGUCUUUUUCUUGUCUUGGUUUUCUAUUAACCCGUCUAAAGAUGUCGGACACUGUCUUGACAGCACCCCUAAGUUUCAUCAAUGGUGAAAGGGUCUCACCUACAAAUACUGAUGAUACCCAGGACUUCAAAGUAUAUGAGCCAGCCACUGGUAAGGUGCUUUGUGAGUGCAAGAGUUCCAGCAAAGAGGAUGUAGACCGGGCCGUGCAGUCUGCCAAGGAAGCUUUUGAAGUCUGGUCCGAGGUCUCAGCCUUGGAGAGGGGACGUAUCUUGCAGAAGACUGCAAGGAAACUAGAGGAGAGACUGGAGGAAUUGGCCGUUUUGGAAACAAGGAACAAUGGCAAACCUAUAUGGGAGGCUAGAGAGGAUAUCAAGAACAUCAUAGAGUGUCUGGACUACUUUGGCGGCCUGGCUCCAGGAAUAGUUGGAGAGCAUGUGCCCUGCGCAGGAGGGUCUUUUGGUUACACCAGGCGUGAACCCCUAGGAGUCUGCGCAGGUAUAGGGGCGUGGAACUACCCCCUGCCCAACAUCGGCUGGAAGGCCGCACCCGCCCUGGCCUGCGGGAACACCAUGGUGUACAAACCAUCCCCCUUUACCCCCAUCACCGCACCCAUCCUGGCCGAGGUCUUUGUCGAGUGUGGACUUCCGAAGGGGGCGUUUAAUGUUGUCCAGGGGCAAGGGCAGACGGGAGAGUAUCUUUCCAAGCAUCCUGAAGUGGCCAAGGUGUCUUUCACUGGUAGUGUGCCUACAGGAAAGAAGAUUAUGCAGAGUUGCUCCAAUCGAGUUGCCAAUUUGACCCUCGAACUGGGAGGCAAGUCUCCACUAAUCAUCUUUAACGACGCUGACAUGGAUAAUGCCGUUAAAGGAGCCAUGCUUGCCAACUUCCUAACACAAGGGCAGGUCUGCUGUAAUGGGACAAGGGUCUAUGUUCAGAGGGACAUCCACGAUAAGUUCCUGGAGAACUUUGUCAACAAGACCAAGACCUUAAAGAUAGGAGACCCUCUGAAGGAAGACACUAUGAUGGGUGCGGUCAUCAACGAAGGUCAAAUGUCAAAGAUCCUGGGAUAUAUUGAUGGCGCCAAGAAAGAGGGUGCCACUCUGCAUUGCGGAGGGGGUAGGCACAGCCCGCCUGACCAGAACUGCCAAGAGGGUUACUACGUCAGCCCAACCGUCCUCAGCGUUAACGAUGACAUGACGGUUGCUAGGGAGGAGGUCUUUGGGCCGGUCGUCUGCGUCAUGCCCUUUGACACGGAGAAAGAGGUCAUCAAGCGAGCCAACGAUACAGACUAUGGCUUGGCCAGCGGUGUUUUUACAACUGAUAUCAAGCGUGCUCAUCGUGUAGCGUCAAAGCUCGAAGCGGGCUUCUGCUGGAUCAACAACUACAACAUGAACCCGUUUGGUCUUCCGUUCGGCGGUUACAAGCAGUCCGGCCUCGGUCGUGAGAAUGCCUUGGAUACGAUCAACCAUUUCACCCAGGUUAAGAGUGUCUAUGUGGAGAUGGGUGAUAUCGACUGCCCUUACUAAAUUACUAAUGUAUUGCCAAGCCCACUUUACAGAUAACAACUCAAUGAUUCCAUGAUGGUAGCUCAAGCAACAAUCGCUCCUUUGGAAAAUCUGCACAUCACUAACCCUAAAGGACGGGGGGGGGCCAUGAUGGUCCCCCCGUCGACGCUUCGCGCAAUAUUUCCGAAACGCAAAAAGAUAGCCCCGCAAAAUUUAAUGACUUUUUUCUUUGAAGUCUUGGCAACUUUUGAGACCAAAUUCGCGACAUACUGGUAUAGCAUCGCGACGUCACGUGACUUUUUACGAAACAAUGUCAUGCCAAAAAUGGCUCAUUUUUAUACUUUGUGUACAAAGUCAAUGGGAAAUGAAAGUCAUAAAAGGGUGAUUAUUUUUCGUUCUUAUUGGUCUGCUUAAUUAAUUUGGGGUUUAAUUUAGUUGUUAAAUGGUCUGUAAUAGUUUCCAUUGAAAAAAACAAUGAAAAACAAAAGAUGAAAAAAGAAGGAAAUAUAUAAGAAAUUCUAAAAACAAAGAAAUACAUAAGGAAAAAUUGGCUUUCGCAAUUUUUCUUUGUGUAAAUUAGAUUAUAAAGAUGACAUCUGCAAAAAAGAAUAAUAUUUGAAGUGAAAUUGGGUGUUAAAUGUGCAAAUAAUGUUUUUCAUGAAUAAAUUUGCAUAUUUUUUUUAUACUGUCUUGUAGUUUAUGUGGUAAAGAAUGUGUGUGCCAAAUUUCGGCGCGAUGAACGGCGGCCACGAUCAGAAGAGGGGCCAUCAUGCCCCCCCCCCCCAUCCUCAAUACAUCUCAAAUAGCCCAGCCCUUUUAGGGUUAAGUCAAAAUUGAAAGCCGAGGGGCAUUUCAUGAAAAGUUUCAAAGAUUUUUCACAGACUAAAUUGCUAAACUAUUUGGGUGGCCUCCUGAUCUAGUGGUCAAGACUAUCGUCUUUCAAUCUGAAGGACGUGGGUUCGAUUCCAAGCCAUGGCGUGUUUUCCUUCAGCAAGAAAUUUACCCACAUUGUGCUACACUCAACCCAGGUGAGGUAAAUGGGUACCGGCUGGUAGUAAUUCCUCAAAAAGCUGUGUGCACCGGAAUAGGUAGACUAUCUUAGCCGGGGUAAUAUAGGAGCGAUUUGAGCACCUACAUGUAGCAAGGUGGAUACUUGCGCUAUACAAAACCUAUAUUAUUAUUAUUGCCCUUAGCCGAUAAAAUGGAAGGAUUUUUAGUAGCUUGUAACAAUAGUCAGUGGAAAUUAAUGACUAUUUGUCUCAUGAAAUUCUCCCCAUAAUCGUAAAGCCCUUUUGUAACUUAAACUCUGCAUUUACAUGUACGUCUUCUUAUGAAUUAAGAAAAGAGAAUCGUUGCAGGAGCAUUAGCCAAUGAAAGGUCACCAAAUUCGAGUACUUGGAAAAUACAGUACGAACUAUAGAGUCUUAUAUAAUCUUCAUUAUUGUUGCUCAUUUGAUUAUAUUGUUUUUCGACUGUAACAAGUUUCAGUGUAUGAUACAUGUAUUUACCACAUGUUUGAACUUAUCAAUUUAAAGAUUAUGUGCAUUUUUAUUUACUCUAUUAACUCUGCUGAAAUAAUUAUACUCUCUUUCAUAUGUGUUUUGUUUGAGUAUUUUUAUUGUAAUUCAAUAAAAUUGAAGUGUUUCUGUCCAUGGGUACGAUGGUCAGCCUGGGUCCAGGUUUUUUCUACGGCUACUGUCCAAAAUUAGAGAGAUAUUAUUCAAGAUUAUCAUAUAUUGAAGUUAAAAUUUACAAGAAUAUGAAAGAGUGGCCCCUUAGUUUAUCAAUUCUUGUUCCUCUGAAACCAUGCACAAAAAAGACAAUGGUAUAGAUUUGAUUUUUUUCCAUGUUUAGGUAAAAUGGAUGAAGUGAAUGGAAAACAAAAAAUAUAUAUUUUAUUUUCAGGGGCUACUUUCCAACAACGUACUGCCUAAAUCUGUAACAUUGGAUGAGCUUCAUCAUUGCAGUGAAUGGGAAUUUUUUUUAAAAAUCAUUUUCAAGGCUCUUUUGAGUAUUUUGGGGGCAAAAUCGCCCCAAGUCCCUGCGUAAUUUUUGUUUCCCUGAUGGAAACUGAUCAGGGGCUGGAUGCAUAAAAGUUACUAUUAUGGUAACUUUGCCAUCCAAUGGUAGCAAUGCUAAUCAGCCAAUCAGAAUCAAGGAUUUCAGGGCAGUUGCUAUUUGAUGGCAACGUUACCACAAUAGUAACUUUAUGCAACAGGGCCCAGAAAUGUUGCAGUCACACCUGCAAAACCGAUUCCAAACCGACCGAUGUAAAUCUUUUGGUGGGUCUCUUUCAUCAGUGUGAUUAUGACAUAGUAAGGAAAAGGAACCUUACUAACCUUACUAACAGGAUAGCUUUUCAAAAUGACGACCAAUGACAUGGAAAUCAGUCAGCCAAGGUAUCACCUGUUUUUAUACCAAUUGUUUAUGUAACGGGAAAAGUAAAUAUUUUCUAUUUGAUAUUAAUGUGGUAUUAACGGAAAUGAACUAAUACACUAGGCAUAUUUACAUGUAUUAAAAAUAUAAGUAUAUAAAAAAAAUAUAUAUGUGUGCAUGUGCUUUAAGCAAAAAUAUUCAUAUUUCAUUAUACCUAUAUCAUUUUUCCAUUACAGUACUAAGUAAUCUUUUUGGAAAACAAGAUUCCCUUUAAAUUUUGAUGUAUAAAGUUUGAAGAUACACAUCAUGUGGCAGAUUUAUAUCAAUUGGAAAUGAAGAGGGAGAAAUUGCACUUUCUCAAUGAUAUUCAUUUUUAUAUAUAAAAAAAAUGAUUCUUUUUAUACAAUUAUAA